CCAAAUACCAUUUACAAAAAUACAUACUCAAGAGAUAUUAAAAAAAGCGCACAUCUGAAGAAAGAAGCACAAAUAGCAUAGCUCACCUUUAGUUCUCUUAUUAAAAAUUGGCUUUCGGAAAUUGAAUAUCUCCGGUGAGUUUUACCAAUCUUUUUGCGGUUCUGAUUUCUCUAAUCCAUGAAUAUGAUCUAUUUUCAUAAAGUAUGGACACAGAAAUGUUAGGUCCUUUUGCUAUUACCCAUUUCCGAUCCAAAAUAUGGAUUCGCCAACGAAAAAAAUCCUUCCGCUUUCCAUCUAGCUUCAAUUUUCUAUCACCCGUUGUUCUUUCUGUAGUCCUAGUAGGAUAACCCUCGUGACUCGAACCCACAACUUGAAGAUUAGAGGUGGUAGGUGAAGGGUGCUUACGACCUGAGCAAGCCCCUCUUGUCAGCUUCUACUGUAUUUCUGACGUGAAUGAAACUGAGUCUUGGAGCAAAAAAGGAUUGAGAAAUUGAGACCCAGUUUUUUUUUUUCUUCCCCACCGUAGGAGCUCCCACCUUUCUGCUUUGUCGGUGAUUCGAACCCACAAUCUUUACUUUACAUUGAAGCUGAAGAGUGAGCAAGCCCCUCUGAUCAAUUUCUACUAUACACUUCUGAACUUGAGUAAGACAGAGUUCAGGAGGAAAAAAGGAUUGAUAAAAUUGAGACCGAAUCGAAAAUGAGUUUAGGUGCAGCGGAGGAGGAACCGGGGCAGCAAAUUCAGUUACCAGCUGAUAUAGACUGGAAAAUGCUGGACAAAUCCAAGUUUUUCUUCCUCGGCGCCGCCUUAUUUUCCGGUGUUUCAACUGCACUUUAUCCUGUUGUGGUGUUAAAAACUCGCCAACAAGUAGCGCAAGCUCACCUUUCCUGCUUCAAAACUGCCUUCUCCGUCGUUAAUCACGAAGGAAUUCGCGGGUUGUAUCGUGGGUUUGGUACUUCAUUGAUGGGUACAAUCCCUGCUAGGGCAGUUUAUAUGACCGCACUCGAGGUUACAAAGAGUAACGUCGGUACGGCCACGGUUAGGCUCGGGGUCCCCGAGCCUACUGCUGCGGCCAUAGCUGGCGCUGCAGCUGGGCUGAGCGCAGCUGUGGCCGCACAAUUGGUGUGGACACCAGUCGAUGUGGUGAGCCAGCGGCUCAUGGUGCAAGGGACUCAUGGUUCGUGUAAAUAUCUCAAUGGAAUUGAUGCUUUUCGGAGAAUCCUUCAAACAGAUGGACCUAAAGGACUCUACAGAGGGUUCGGGUUUUCAAUUUUGACAUACGCACCAUCCAAUGCGCUUUGGUGGGCAUCUUAUUCCGUUACUCAACGGCUUGUUUGGAGUGGAUAUGGAUGUUACUUAAGCAAGAAUGGUGGUAACACUACUUUGAGGCCCGAUUCGAAGACUGUUAUGAUGGUUCAGGGAGUGAGCGCUGCCAUGGCUGGCGGAAUUUCAGCUCUGAUUACAACACCAUUAGACACAAUUAAGACAAGAUUACAAGUCCUGGAUGGCGAUGAAAAUGGUCGAAGAGGAGGGCCAACGGUAGCUCAAACGGUUAGGAAUUUAGUAAGGGAAGGCGGGUGGAUGGCUUGUUACAGAGGAUUAGGUCCUAGAUGGGCUUCAAUGUCAAUGUCUGCAACUACAAUGAUAACUACUUAUGAAUUCCUCAAACGCCUCUCCACAAAGAAUCAAGAAAGUUGGGCAUCAUGAACCCAAUAGACAGUAUAAGUUCUCUUUGAUCCAUGUAUAAGUUUUAUUUUUUGAAUGAUGAUCUUUUUUGUUUUAGAAUCAGUAUGCUGAGUUUAAACAUAAACAAGCCUAGAUCAAGAACAAAAAUAAUGAUGAAUGUAAGUGGUUUCAUGUACAAAGUAUGAAUCUGUAUAUAUUAGUUCAGUUCACUAAGCUUAUUUUGUGUGUUACUGAA